GUAAACAUACUUUGCUCACUACCAGUCCUACAAUGCUUCCAACUCCUGUAUUUCUAGACGAUCCACUCAAGGGAGAUAAAACAAACGUUCCGCAGGAAUGGGAAUUGUUCGUUCACCCCAGAGGAUGGGUUUACUUCUGUAACUCUUCCCUCAAAAUAACUACUGACCAGGAUGUUCGUGACCCUCGAAUGUACACCUUAAUCCGGGCACAAGCUUCUCAGAUCGCCGCCUCCUACAAAUGGACAAACGGAAUGGAACUUCUACUUCAAGUGAACCACACCGGUGAUAUCGACUAUCUUUUAGCAAUCAAUCACACCUACUGCGUCGCCUCACAGACCAUCGAAGAUGUGACACACGAAGCUGUAGGCGUGAUGGAUGCUAAUACUCUCAAUCGUCGUCGUCGAUUGUACUGGAACUACUUGUGGAGUCAUCCAUCUCAUGUUCCUUGCCCAUCGCGAGCUAUCCCGGAUGCGUCUGACGCUCUGAACUGGUUCUAUACCGAUAACCUCCUCUCCGGGACCCGAUGUAAUACUCCCUUUUCCAAACCAGAGUGCAAGGAACUCAUGAAGGUCCUCAGGGAUAUGCAAGGCCCCUGCAACGCUAAUUCCCCUGGGAAGAUUGUGUUCUUAGCCUGGUUUCUUCGCGAGGUUUGCAGUUAUCGUAAUGCAGAAUCAUAUGGUUUGCACACCCGGACAUCAAUCAGUCCGCGCUCUACUCAAGAAGAGCGCCAGGAUGCGAGAAGCGUCGCUCCUCAUUUAACUUUGAUUCUCUAUCUCAUAACCAACCUUCUUUUCUUUGGGAUACCAUGGAGUUACCUUUCUCAUGUCAAGGCGUCUUUCAAGUAUCACGGUCGAUUCAUUAGCCUACAGGAAAGCUGGGAGGCCUAUGUUCAACGCCUUGUUCGUGAAUAUUCUCAUUUCCUUCUUGUGUCUACGGUCCUCCUUUCAGCUACCGUGGGGGUAUUGACGAUGCCUGAGAUCACUUCUGGCUCGCGUGCUGCUGCUAUCGUUUCUGCGUUCUUUGCCCUCGGAAGCGUUAUUGUCAGCGUGUUUUCGAUAUGGAGACAUCAAGCAAACAUGUUACCCUCGGCCGUGUUCACCUACAUCCGGAACGCGAACCGUCAUAUACUGGGUUUGCAAGGCCACGCCAUGUUAUUGAGUGUUCCUCCUGUCCUUCUAGUGUGGGCCAUCAUAACGUUUACCCUUUCAAUCGCGAUUUAUACGAUUCAAGGUGUCGACGAUCGCGACAGCUUGAAUCGGAUUGUCACAUGGGUUGCUUUAACGGCCUUUGUGGUUAUACUAGGCACGGUGAUAGUUACUUUGCACAACACGUUCUCAUUAGUAUGGCACAUAAAAAUGUCACUGGGAAGGUCUGUUGGGAGCAUUCUCAGAAAAUGCAUCCGGUGUUGGCAAACCCGUCGAAGUGGCACAGUAUCAGUGAUUAAAGAUGCACCAUAAAUACUUUCUUCAUCCUGUUUACACGACUCUAAACUCAAUGUAGAUGUAGAAUAUCAGUUAUCGAACAUAAUAAAACUAUGUAUUCAUCUCA